UUUUUUAGUUUUUUUUUCAAAGAACGAAAUAAAAUAUAAAAGCCGCAUUAUUUAAAUUUCAAAAUUAUUACUGUGGGAUCUAGUGGAAAAAACAAAGAUAUGCUAGUGGUUAAUUACUAUGGGAAUUCUCGUGAUCCUACAUUCUCGCGAGCGUUAUCUACGUGGAGCUUUGAAAAAUAUUGAACGAAAUUGUUGAAAAAAUGGCACCGUCACGUAAAUACAUUGACAAUAUAUUGGCCCGGUUAAAUUUUCCUCUUUACACGGUACAAAUGUUAACCAACAGACACGUAAUCGUUGGUGGAGGUGGCGGAUCUUCAAAAACUGGAGUGGCAAAUGGUUUUGAAAUUUUUGAAUUAGCUCAUGACGGCACGAAAUUUCUUGCUGAGGAAAUUACACGACAUGAAACUGGACCUAGUGUUGUAAUGAAUUGUGCGGCCUAUAGUGACAAUAAACAUUCGUAUUUGGUAGCGGGGCAAGAGAGUCAUUGUCAGUUGUAUAACGUUGAGAGCGUUCUAGUCACCGAAGAAGAUGUUAUUGAAAAUAUCGGCCACAAUCAUGAAUUGAAACAAAGGAAACCUAAAGCUAAGCAGAAGACAGAUAACAAUAAAAACUCAAAGAGGUUGAAGUUUAUGAUUAUGCCUUCAGAUAGUGUGCAGACGGAUUUUCAAGGGAAAGAGCCGCUACUGAGGGUGACUAGAAUUCACCCCACUGGCAAAAUUUUAGCCACAGGAGGCACUGACGGUAUCGUACGACUGUGGAAAUUCCCCACCCUGCAACCCGCCCAUGUGCUUAAAGCGCACACGAAGGAAAUUGACGAUUUGGACUUCAGCGUUUUCGAAAAUUAUCUAAUUUCAAUUGCCAAAGAUGGUGUCGCGAUCCUUUGGGACUGUUCCAAAGGCAAACAGAUUCGCAAAUUGACGUGGAAACAGCCCGAGGGCUCAAAAUAUUUAUACAAACGAGCAAGAUUUGGCAUAAUUGAGGGCGAAGACCGCAAGUCGGCUCUUUAUAUAUUGGCCAAUCCCACAGGCCUGGCCAAGAAGCAAAAAUCCUACUUGCAGCAGUGGCUCCCCGAUGAAGGUGUGAUUAAAAAAUCGGCUGAGUUUGAUGAAAGUCUUGCUGCGCUUGCGGUGAGAAAUGAUGGACGAUUUGUGGCUGUUGGGACCAUGUUUAGCGGUUCUGUUAUAAUUUAUAUUGCGUUUAGUCUUCAGAGGGUUCUGAAUAUUCCUGGAGCACAUUCCAUGUUUGUAACGGGGCUGGAGUUUUUGCCAGUCUCGGAAAACCAUACUGUUACUAGUGUAGCAGAAGCGGCUGUGUUGUCAAUAUCUGUGGAUAAUCACGUUUGUAUCCAUACCUUACCUUACAGACGUACUAUGCCGGCCUUAAUAGGAAUUUUGAUAUUAGUUUUAACGUUAUUUAUGACUUUUGUUUUUUGUUCCUAUAUAGGCCUAUAAAUGCUUGUUAGGUAAUUAAAGUGAUUGUGGUUUUUGUACAAAGGUGGUUCACAGAAUAAAGCUAUUUAUACA